GCUGUCCACUGCGAAAGGGCCUCGAACUUCAGGUGGAAGAUGUCGGAAAGUAACUUGGCAGAGCGCAGCGACGGACCCGAGAGGCUGGUGUCUGGUGCUAAAGUCGUCGCCCAGGCCCUGAAAACACAGGAUGUGAAUUACAUGUUUGGCAUCGUAGGCAUCCCGGUGACCGAAAUCGCCCUUGCUGCCCAGGAGGUGGGCAUCAGAUACAUCGGGAUGAGGAACGAGCAGGCGGCUUGUUAUGCUGCCUCUGCGGUUGGAUAUCUGACAGGCAGGCCGGGAGUUUGCCUUGUUGUUUCUGGCCCAGGUCUCAUCCAUGCUUUGGGUGGUAUGGCAAAUGCAAACAUGAACUGUUGGCCCUUGAUUGUGAUUGGUGGUUCCUCUGAAAGAAGUCAGGAAACAAUGGGGGCCUUCCAGGAGUUUCCUCAGGUUGAAGCUUGUAGAUUAUAUAGCAAGUUCUCUGCCCGGCCAAGUAGCAUAGAAGCUAUUCCCUCUAUUAUCGAAAAGGCAGUGAGAAGCAGUAUUUAUGGUCGUCCAGGUGCUUGCUAUGUUGACAUACCUGCAGAUUUUGUGAACCUCCAGGUGAAUGUGGAUUCUAUAAGGUACGUGGAGUGCUGCAUGCCACCUCCUGUUAGUAUGGCAGAAAGCUCUGCUGUAUGUAUGGCAGCAUCUGUUAUUAGGAAUGCCAAACAGCCCCUUCUUAUCAUCGGGAAAGGUGCUGCUUAUGCCCGUGCAGAGGAGAGUAUCAGGAAAUUGGUGGAGCAAUGUAAAUUGCCAUUUCUGCCCACCCCCAUGGGAAAGGGUGUUAUCCCUGACAACCAUCCAAACUGUGUAGGUGCUGCCAGAUCCAGGGCUUUGCAAUUUGCUGAUGUAAUUGUGUUAUUUGGUGCCAGAUUAAAUUGGAUUUUACAUUUUGGACUGCCUCCAAGAUAUCAGCCAGAUGUGAAGUUUAUCCAGGUUGAUAUCUGUGCAGAAGAGUUGGGGAAUAAUGUAAGACCUGCUGUGACCUUGCUAGGAGACAUAAAUGCUGUUACUAAACAGCUUUUAGAACAAUUUGAGAAAACACCAUGGCAGUAUCCUCCUGAGAGCAAGUGGUGGAAAAUUCUGAGAGAAAAAAUGAAGAGCAAUGAAGCUUUAUCCAAGGAAUUAGCUUUCAAAAAAUCCCUGCCUAUGAAUUAUUACACAGUAUUCUACCACAUUCAAGAACAACUGCCCAGAGACUGUUUUGUGGUGAGCGAAGGAGCAAAUACUAUGGAUAUUGGGCGCACUGUGCUUCAAAACUACUUUCCUCGUCACAGGCUUGAUGCUGGUACUUUUGGAACAAUGGGAGUCGGUUUGGGAUUUGCCAUUGCAUCUGCUCUAGUGGCUAAAGAUAGAAACCCAGGGCAGCGGGUCAUCUGUGUGGAAGGAGACAGUGCAUUUGGAUUUUCUGGCAUGGAAGUGGAAACCAUCUGCAGGUACAACUUGCCAAUCAUACUUUUGGUGGUGAAUAACAAUGGAAUUUACCAAGGUUUUGAUACAGAUACUUGGAAGGAAAUGUUAAAAUUUGGAGAUGCUACUACAGUGGCCCCUCCAAUGUGUCUUCUGCCACACUCACAUUAUGAGCAUGUCAUGACUGCAUUUGGAGGCAAAGGGUAUUUUGUACAAACACCAGAAGAACUCCAGAAAUCCCUGAGGCAGAGCCUGGCAGACACAACUAAACCCUGUCUUAUCAACAUCAUGAUUGAGCCGCAAGCCAUGCGGAAAGCCCAGGAUUUUCACUGGCUGACCCGCUCUAAUAUGUAAAUAAAGAUGCCAAUGAGUGACUUGAGGAGUUUUCUCUUUCCCGAAAGAACUUACUAAGCCAAAGGAGAAAUCACACCACACCCAAACUAAUAAUUUCAGGGUAUAUUUGGAUUAUCAACCUUAGUUUAUGUGUGCCACAUUGAGACCAACAGAAUCAACAGCCUUAAUAUAUAAAGAACUCUUAUAAAUAAGAAAAAUAUUAAUGCACUAAUAGAAAAAUGGACAAAGGGCAUGAAUGCACAAUUAACAGAAAAACACAAAUGAUCAAUAAAAGUAUGAGUAUGAAUACAAAUGAGUACGUAAGUUAAAUAGAAAACCCUUUUUUUUACCCCAGCCACUUAGCAAAGCACUUUUUAAAUUAUAAUUUUCAGCGUUUGGUGAGGGUGAAGUGAAGAGGAGAGUGCUGUGCUGGGGUGGAAGAUGAAAUUGGUACAAAUUCCAUAGAGGAGUUCUAGCAUUGCUUGUAUUUGCAAUCAUAAAAUGUUCAUACCCCAUAACUUUUGACCCAGUGGGCCUAUUUCAAGAAUGUAUUUUAAAGAAAUAAUAAAAUACUUGGUCAAAUAUUUAUAUAUAAGGCCAUUCAGCAUAGUUUUAUUUAGGAACAACCACAAUGUUUAAUAAUAAGACAUUGGUUAUGUAAAUUAUGAUCUGUCAACAUCCUAAAAUAAAAAUUG